AUGAGACCUGGUGGAAAUAUAAAGGAAGAACUUCGAAAAUUUAGAUAGGUGAAGUAUUCAUAAGGACUACUUGAUGUUAAUUUAAAUAGAACUUUUGAAAACUCCAAAGAUUUAAUUAAAUGUUAGGGGACAAAUACAUAUAAAAAUGAUACAUAAAUCUAAUAAAAAAGAUCACCAAUUCUAAUAGCAAAUGAAUUAGAAUUUAAUACUUCUUUGGAGAAAAAUUUCUUUUCUAACCCUAUUUUAAAUGGAAUUCUCAGUCCUAAUACAGUAUAAAAGUUAGAGCUGGUUAAAAAGAUGGAUGCAAUAGAAGAAAGGUAAAAAAACUAAUCUCAAGAAUUACUUUUUACUGAUGAAGAUAAAGAAAAUGUUAAUACAAUAAAUAAUGCAAUUGUUAUCAAUAAAAAUAAUUAGCAAAAACCUAUUAAAUUUACUUUUGAACAUAAAAAAUCAAACAACAGAUACAUUUCUCAAGACCAAUUGGCCUUAUCUAGAAAUACUAUCUUCACUACUGACAAGUCAUUUGACUUUAUAGAUUUUAAGUAAAAUAAUGGCUAAAAUUUAAAUAACAACAGUCGUAUUUUAGAAAAAGAAAAAAAUGAAUAAACUGCCACAUUCAAAAAUUAAUUCACACUAGAAUGUGGGGGUUGCACAGAGCGUGAAAAAAUUGGUUAUGAUUCCAUUGAUGGAAACUUAACUACACCUUUAUCUAAUACUGCUAAUAUUAUGGAUAUGAAUAAAAAAGUUAGGUUCAGUAGAUCGAAAGACAAUUCUAUUUUAGAUCAUGAGAUAGUUUCAUUUUAUCAGAACAUUAAAGCAAGUAAAGAAAGAUAAAUGAAAACUCUGAAAAAAAGUGAUGCUAAAUCUUAAUUAAAUAUUUCAUAAAUAGAAUAAAAAUCUUUAAAUAACACAUAAAAGCCACCUAAAAAAACAAAUAAUAUAACCAUAAAAACAGACUUACUUAAUGAUUCUAUCUUAAAUAAAUCUUUACAUAAAAUAAGUAAUAAUAAUAAUUUAACAGUCUCUUCUAUAUCCUUGCUUAAAAGCUGUAAUUAAAACUCAACUAUUCUUUUAAGUGCUUCACCUUAUAAUACAAGGAAGUCUAAGAGUGAUAGAGGAUUUACUCGCUCUUUAACACCAGUGAAUUAAUGUCCAUAAUCAUAGGGUAGUAAUACGAUCGAAAUUAAAAAACUAAAUUUAUUUGAAGAGGAUGAGUUGAGAUAAUAAAUAGAUAUUUUGUUAAAAGAAAAAGAGUAAGAUAAAUUAAUAAUCCAAUCACUUUAAGAAGACAAUAAAUACCUUUAAAAACUAUCAGAAAAUUCUUAAUAAAAUCAUAGAUUCGAAAUAGAAAAUCAUAAAAUGUAAAUUGAUAUGCUAUAAGAUAAAAUAUUUCAAUAAGAAGCUCAUAUAAAACAUUUAACUGCUCUCAAUUCGUUAAGUCAUUCACAAAUUGAUAAAGAAGAAUUAGAUUAUCUUAAAAAUGAAAAUGCUAACUUAAGAGAGGAAAAAUUUUAGGUAGAAAACUAAGCUUAACAAUUAAAUUUCUUCUUAAAUGAGAAAGUACAGGAAAAUAUGUAACUGGCAGAAUAAAUUAUAUUUUUAAGAACUGAAUUAGAUAAAUAUAGUUGCAACAACACUACUAAUUGA